AUGUCAGUCUAUCUGAGAUUAUUAUGCUUACUACUAUGUGGAUUAAUUGUACUCAGUUCUCCUGUAUAUUAUGUACCGCAUGAAAUGUGGGUUCCUUAUUAUUAUCCUGGGGAUUUACCACUAAUGGAUGCCAGUGAAGCAAGAGACUCAUUAACAGAAGAAAAAUCAGCAUUACCCGCAGAUCUUAGUGAUCAAAGUUAUAGUAAAGGUGGUUUAGACAUGGAUGAUGAAUAUUUCAUUCCACAGUUAAGCAAUUUAGCUGUAGAACAGGAAGAAGAAGAAGAGAAAGAGAAACAAGAAAACGAUGAAUAUGGAUCUGAGAACAAUCAAGAUAAUCAAUCAGAUGAUGUGUUAAUGCCCUUCGAUGAUGAACGACAUGAAAAUGGGACAGACGAUGAUGAUUAUCAAACAAAAAAUAAAAUAAUAGCUCCUGUUCGAUUUCAAACAACAACAGGGUACCCAAAAUCUAGACUUCUUUAUGGACAAGUACCAACAAUUUCCUUACCGAUAGCGCUACCAGCUCAAACACAGGUUCCUGUUUCAUUGCCUGUGUCACAACAAGUGUUGGCAAGUCCAUACAGUGCUACAAGCUUAGGCACUCAUGUGUAUUUGCCUACCCAGGCAGUACACACUCAGAUUCCGAUAGUGGUUCCUCAAACUGUUGUUCCACAUACUAAUCAGUAUGGAAUUCAGGUUCCAGCAAUCGUUCAACCUCAGCAGCCUGCAAUUAUUUUACCACAACAUCCUGCAGUUAUACAGCCACAACAGCCUGCAAUAAUUCAACCACAGAUUCCUACAAUGACUCAACCACAGAUUCCUACAAUGACUCAACCACAGAUCCCUACAAUGACUCAACCACAGAUCCCUACAAUGGUCCAGCCUCAAUCACCGCCCGAAACUACACCAACUGGAAGGGGAGAAUUCCCUCCAAUGCCUCCUCAACAACCAUUCCCUACACCACCAAAUGUUCCAUUUCCAGGUUCAACACAGCAACAGAAUAACCAAAUAUUUCCAGGACAGCAACAACAGCAGCAGCAACAACAGCAACAAAACCAACAGCCUCCUGUAAUACAACAAACACAAAUAAUUCAGCCACAACCCCAACAGCAGCAGCAGCAGCAACAACAACAAACGCAGACAUCAGUAGUGCCGACACCAACAGCAGUGCCACAACAACCAACACCUACAUUGCCACAAAAUACUCUUAUUACAGUCAGACACGUUGUUAUGACACCAAAAAUACAAGUGGUUGUCAAAAAGCCGAAAGCCAAAACCAGGUAUAUAGUGAAACGAUAUUUCUAG